GGAGGGAGGCUGAGCUCCGCGCGACUUGCUCCGGACUCUGCCAGCUGCUCCUUGGCCCAGCUGUCCCACCCAGGGGGCGGUGCUGGCGCUAGGAAGUGGAGCACUGUGGCUUGGGACCCCAAAUUUGAGAAGCAGCCUGAGCCCCCGCUGGAGCAGGGACAAUGCCCUCCACAGCCAUCUUGUGCCGGUCACCACUGCCCCGGGGCAGCUGAGCCCAGGCUGCGCCACACUGCCCGGAAAACCACGCUGCUGCUCCCCUCUGUGCUGCUCCUGCCUUCUUCCCAGGGCUCCACCAAAGGUCGUAUCUGCCCCAAGUGUCCUCCAAGUGGCUGGCUGAACCUGGUGUGCCCAAGGUGCAGGGGCAGGGGGGCCUGUUUUGGAGGCUUGGGACUCUCCGAUCCCCUCCAGGCGGUACGGCCCAGCUCACCCCUUCCCCACCCCGCUUCUGCAAGCCCCCACACCCAGGCCCAGACUGCCACCUCGCCCCUGCCAGUCCCUCUGGGCCGUGCCCCUGGCCACGGGUCUGUUGCUGCCUUUGGGGCCGCUGUGGCUGUAUCUCUCCCUGGCUCUCUGUCCCAGCAGGCCCCAGUGAUGGCUUCCUGGCCUCCCUUUGGCUUCCACCUCCUGCUGCCACCGCUGCUGCUGCUGCUGCUGUCCCCACAGCCAUUGUUGCCUUUCCCGGGGGGCCAUCGUUUCUCUGCCCCCAACACCACCUUCAACCACCUGGCUCUGGCACCAGGCCGGGGCACGCUCUAUGUGGGCGCGGUGAACCGCCUCUUCCAGCUCAGCCCAGAGCUGCAGCUCGAGGGCAUGGCUGUCACCGGCCCCAUUGUCGACAGUCCUGACUGUGUGCCCUUCCGAGACCCGGCCGAGUGCCCGCAGGCCCGGCUCACCAACAACGCCAACCAGCUGCUGCUUGUGAGCAGCAGGGCCCGGGAGCUGGUGGCCUGCGGGCAGGUGAGGCAGGGCGUGUGUGAGAAGCGGCGCCUGGGGGACGUGGCCACAGUGCUGUACCAGGCCGAGGACCCUGGGGAUGGGCAGUUUGUGGCCGCCAACAGCCCGGGGGUGGCCACAGUGGGCCUGGUGGUGUCCCUGCCUGACCGAGACCUCCUGCUGGUGGCCAGGGGCCUGGCGGGCAAGCUGUCUGCCGGAGUGCCACCCUUGAGCGUCCGUCAGCUGACCGGGCCACAGCCCUUCUCGAGCGAGGGCCUGGGCCGCCUUGUGGUGGGUGACUUCUCCGACUACAACAACAGCUACGUGGCAGCCUUUGCUGACACCCGCUUUGCCUACUUCGUUUUCCGCCGCCGCGGUGCGCGGGCCCAGGCCGAGUACCGCUCCUACAUAGCCCGCGUGUGCCUGGGCGAUGCCAACCUCUACUCCUAUGUGGAGGUGCCCCUGGCGUGCCAGGGCCAAGGCCUCAUCCAGGCCGCCUUCCUCGCCCCGGGCACCUUACUGGGAGCAUUUGCUGCUGGCAUGAGCGAAGCACGCACAGCACUGUGUGUCUUUCCCCUGGCCGAGCUGGACGGCAGCAUGGAGCACGCCCGACGACUCUGCUACACGGCGGGUGGCCGGGGCCCCAGCGGCACCGAGGAAGCCACUGUGGAGUACGGUGUCACGUCACGCUGCGUCACUCUGCCGUUGGACUCGCCUGAGUCGUACCCCUGUGGGGAUGAGCACACCCCCAGCCCCAUUGCUAGCCGCAAGCCCCUGGAGGCCCGGCCACUGCUGCAGCUCAGGCAGCCCGUGAGUGCCGUGGCGGCCCUCCAGAGCGAGGGGCACACCAUCGCCUUCCUGGGGGACACCCAGGGCCAGCUGCAUAAGCCGAUAGUCAAGGUCUUUGUCAAUAGCUCCCAAGGCCAGGUGUACCACUCCCAGCAAGUGGGGCCCCCAGGUGUGGCCAUCAGCCCUGACCUGCUGGUGGACAGCAGUGGCAGUCACCUCUAUGUCCUGACCACCCAACAGGUGGCCCGGGUCCCUGUGGCAACCUGCCCCCAGUUCCCUGACUGCCUCAGCUGCCUCCAGGCCCGGGACCCACUGUGCGGCUGGUGCGUCCUGCAGGGCAGGUGCACCCAGAAGGGCCAGUGCAAGCGGGCGGCCCAGCCGCGCCAGUGGCUCUGGAGCUACGAGGAGACCAGCCGCUGUCUCUGCAUUCAGAGCCUGCAGCCCGCCCAGCAGCCCCGCCAGGAGCAGGGCCAGGUCACCCUGUCUGUCCCUUGGCUGCCCACCCUGGCUGAGGAUGAAUACUUCCACUGUGCCUUUGGGGACUAUGACAGCUUGGCUCACGUGCACGGUCCCCAUGUGGCCUGUGUCACCCCUCCCCAAGACCAGGUGCCACGUAACCCUCCCGGCACAGACCACGUCACCCUGCCCCUGGCCCUGAUGUUUGAGGACGUGGCUGUGGCCACCACCAACUUCUCCUUCUAUGACUGCAGCACUGUCCAGGCCCUGGAGGUGGCUGCCCCGUGCCACGCCUGUGUGGGCGGCCCCUGGCGGUGCCACUGGUGUCCCCAGAGCAGCCGCUGUGUGCACGGAGAGCACUGCCCGGAGGGGGAGAGGACAGUCUACAGUUCCCAGGAGGAGGACAUCCAGGCACGUGGCCCGGAGACCUGUCCCCAGGUAGAUGCUCUGGCAGGACCUCACUUGGUGCCCGUGGGCUGGGACAUCCAUCUAGCCCUGCACGUGAGAAACCUUCAAUACUUCCGAGGCCUGCCUGCCUCCUACAACUGCUGGCUGGAGCUGCCAGGAGAGCUGCAGAGGUUGCCUGCCUUCCUGCAGGAGACAGCCGGGGACAGGGACAAGGACGGGGGUGCAGGUCUCAUUCACUGCCAGGCCCAGCAGUUCUACCCCUCCACAUCCCAGUGGGAGCUCCCGGUGCCCAUCUACGUCACCCGGGGGGAGACCCAGCGGCUGGACAAUGCCCGCAGUCUUCAUGUGACCCUGUACGACUGCGCUGUGGGCCACCCUGACUGCAGCCACUGCCAGGCGGCCAACGGGAGCCUGGGCUGCCUAUGGUGCGGCGACAGCCAGCCUGGCUGUCGUUAUGCGCCGCUGUGCCCAUCAGCGGCUGUGCAGCUGCUGUGUCCCACACCCAGCAUCGAGGCGAUUGAACCCCUCACCGGCCCUCCGGAGGGCGGCCUGGCCCUCACUAUCCUGGGCUCCAACCUGGGCCGGACCUUUGCUGAUGUGCAAGAUGCCGUGAGCGUGGCUGGCCUUCCCUGCAGCCCCGACCCUGCCCGCUACCGCACCUCCGCUCGGGUUGUGUGUGUGACACCCCCCGCCCCCAAUGGCACCACGGGGCCCGUGCAAGUGGCCAUCAAGAGCCGGCCACCGGGCAUCUCAGCCCAGCAUUUCACCUACCAGGACCCCGUCCUGCUGAGCUUGAGUCCCCGGUGGGGCCCACAGGCGGGUGGCACCCAGCUCACCAUCCACGGGCAGCACCUGCAGACGGGAGGCAACAUCAGUGCCUUCGUGGGUGGCCAAGCCUGUCCCAUCCUGGAGCCCACAUGUCCCGAGGCCAUUGUGUGCCGCACCAUGCCCCAGGCUGUGCCAGGAGAAGCAGCGGUCCUUGUGGUCUUCGGCCACGCCGAGCGCAAACUGCUCAGCAGCCCCUUCCGAUACACUGCCAACCCACGGCUCUUGGCAGCAGAGCCCAGUGUCAGCUUCCGAGGGGGUGGGCGGCUGAUCCGUGUGAGGGGCACGGGCCUAGAUGCUGUGUGGCAGCCCCUGCUGUCCGUGUGGCUGGAGGCAGAGGCAGAAGUGAAGGCUUUCGGGGACCCGAACCCCAGGAGGAGCUGUGGGGCCCCAACUGCAGACCCCCAGGCUUGUGUUCAGCUUGCAGGGGGCUUGCUUCAGUGCUCCACCGUCUGCUCCGUCAACUCGUCCAGCCUCCUCCUGUGCCGCAGCCCCGCUGUGCCCGACGGGGCCCACCCAAAGCGGGUCUUCUUCGCUCUGGACAACGUGCAUGUGGACUUUGCCAGCACCAGCGGGGGUCAGGACUUCCAGUACCAGCCCAACCCACGCCUGGCCCCGCUCAGCCGCGAAGGGCCAUCGCGCCCCUACCGCCUCAAGCCGGGCCACGUCCUGGACGUGGAGGGCGAGGGCCUCAACCUGGGGAUCAGCAAGGAGGAGGUGCGCGUGCACAUCGGCAACGGCGAAUGCCGGGUGAAGACGCUCACACUCACACACCUGUACUGUGAGCCACCACCACGCGCGCCGCAGGCGGCCAAUGGCUCAAGCACGCUGCCGCAGUUUGUGGUACAGAUGGGCAACGUGCGCCUGGCCCUGGGCCCUGUCCUAUACGAGGCAGAGCCUGCACUGCCCGCCUUCCCUGUGGAGGCCCAGGUGGGCCUGGGCAUGGGCGCCGCUGUGCUGAUCGCCGCUGUGCUCCUCCUCACACUCAUGUACAGGCACAAGAGCAAGCAGGCCCUGCGGGACUACCAGAAGGUGCUGGUUCAGCUGGAGAACCUAGAGACAGGCGUGGGUGACCAGUGCCGGAAGGAGUUCACAGACCUGAUGACCGAGAUGACGGACCUCAGCAGUGACCUGGAGGCCAGCGGGAUCCCCUUCCUGGACUACCGCACGUACGCUGAGCGUGCCUUCUUCCCGGGCCAUGGUGGCUGCCCGCUGCAGCCCAAGCUUGAAGGGCCCGGGGAAGAGGGCCGCCGCGCCACUGUGUGCCAGGGCCUCACCCAGCUCUCCAACCUGCUCAACAGCAAGCUCUUCCUCCUCACACUCAUCCACACCCUGGAGGAGCAGCCCAGCUUCUCCCAGAGGGAUCGCUGCCAUGUGGCUUCGCUGCUGUCCCUGGCACUGCACGGCAAGCUGGAGUACUUGACCGACAUCAUGAAGACUUUGCUCGGGGACCUGGCAGCCCAUUAUGUGCGCAAGAACCCCAAGCUCAUGCUGCGCAGGACAGAAACCAUGGUGGAAAAGCUACUCACCAACUGGCUGUCCAUCUGUCUCUACGCCUUCCUGAGGGAAGUGGCUGGUGAGCCGCUGUACAUGCUCUUCCGUGCCAUCCAGUACCAGGUAGACAAGGGCCCCGUAGAUGCCGUGACGGGCAAGGCGAAAAGGACCCUGAAUGACAGCCACCUGCUGCGGGAGGAUGUGGAGUUCAGGCCUCUGACGCUGAUGGUGCUGGUGGGGUCCGGGGCUGGCGGGGCCGCAGGUGGUGGUGAGCUGCAGCAUGUGCCGGCCCGGGUGCUCGACACGGACACCAUCACCCAGGUCAAGGAGAAGGUGCUGGACCAAGUCUACAGGGGCACCCCCUUCUCGCAGAGGCCCUCGGUGCACGCCCUCGACCUUGAGUGGCGCUCAGGUCUGGCCGGUCACCUGACCCUGUCAGAUGAGGAUUUGACCUCGGUGACUCAGAACCACUGGAAGAGACUCAACACUCUGCAGCACUACAAGGUCCCCGAUGGCGCAACUGUGGGGCUCAUUCCUCAGCUGCACAACGGCGGCACUGUCUCCCAGAGCCUGGCACAGGGCUGCCCCUCAGGGGAGAACAUCCCCAUCCUGGAGGACGGUGAGGAGGGCGGGGUGCACCUGUGGCACCUGGUGAAGGCCGAGGAGCCAGAAGGGGCCAAGGCACGACGUGGCAGCUUCCGGGAGCGGGAGCGGGAGCGGGAGCGGGAACGGGCUCGAGCCAAGGCCAUUCCGGAAAUCUACCUCACCCGCCUGCUCUCCAUGAAGGGCACGCUGCAGAAGUUUGUAGACGACACCUUCCAGGCCAUUCUCAGCGUGAACCGGCCAGUGCCCCUCGCCAUCAAGUACCUGUUCGACUUCCUAGAUGAGCUGGCAGAGAAGCACAACAUCGAGGACCCGGAGACCCUACACAUCUGGAAGACCAACAGUCUGCUGUUGCGAUUCUGGGUGAAUGCCCUGAAGAACCCACAGCUCGUCUUCGACAUGCACGUGUCAGACAAUGUGGAUGCCAUCCUGGCCGUCAUUGCGCAGACUUUCAUCGAUGCCUGCACCAUCUCGGAGCACAAAGUGGGCCGGGACUCCCCAGUGAAUAAGCUGCUCUACGCCCGUGAAAUCCCUCGCUACAAGCAGAUGGUGGAGAAAUACUACGCAGACAUCCGCCGCAGCUCGCCAGCCAGCUACCAGGAGAUGAAUUCAGCUCUGGCUGAGCUCUCCGGGAACUAUACCUCCGCUCCCCACUGCCUGGAGGCUCUACAGGAACUGUACAACCACAUCCAUAGGUAUUAUGACCAGAUCAUCAGUGCCCUGGAGGAGGACCCCAUGGGUCAGAAGAUGCAGCUGGCCUGCCGCCUGCAGCAGAUCGCCGCCCUGGUGGAGAACAAGGUGACCGACCUAUGAGCUGCUGGAAAGCAGGACCUGCUGAGGCCUUGAGUUGCUUCCACCGCAGGACGGAGCCAGGGUGCCAGAGAGGAGCCACCUCACCGGGCUUGUUUCUAACUUAUGACUUCCCAACCCCUCGCCCACUGUAUUUAUUUGCUUGCUGAAAUAAAACAUAAAGGUGUCUUUUUUGAAAAAGCCCAA